AUGCCGGCGUUCAGGACAGGAUGGUACCGGUUCGUACCGUUCCUGGGAUACCAUCAUGUGUUGAUGAUAUUGAUAGCAGUCGCCAUCAUUCUACUAUCACUUUUACUAGCAGGCUGCUCAUCCUCCAGCCCGCUGAUACCAGACAUCUUCCUCCUCUCCCUCUACUACGACAACUACACGCCGCAUCCCGACACAGCACAGGUGAACUAUGCUGUCUACUCCGAGAUCCAGAGCAUAGCAGGUGACGCACGCCUGCAGGCCCGCGUGGGCUACUUUGGCAUCUGCAUCAACCCCGACGGCGGCUCCUGGCUGUGUUCCAACAAUGCCACGGCCCUGGCGCAGGAGGUCAGCGUCGACCAGGACCCUCUGAAUCUGAUCUGGCUAGCGAGCCAGUUUAAGGAUAUGGUGGUCUUUCCCUACCUUGUUAUCAUCGCCAUCAUCUUCGCCUUCAUCUGCUUCCUCCUGCUUGCCACCUUCCCUGGCUGGCAUGAGGAGGAGGACUCGGUCGGCUCCGAACGUGAGGUCAAGCCCUUCCCCAGCCGGCCCGUGUCACAGGUUGCCCUCGCCAUCAUCUUCAUCUCGUCCAUCUUCAUCCUCGUCUCUGUCCUCUGGCAGCAUACCGCCUCCGUCGCCGCCAGUACCAUCGCGCAGGACUUUGGCAACGGUGCCGUCAAAUCAGGGGUCGGCACCAGCGCCAUGGUAUUGGGCUGGUUCUCCUUCACCCUGCUCAUCAUCGUCACGAUCGGCUUGCUGGUCAUGAUAUUGAGCAUACGUGUCCUGAGCCAGCUGGCGGAUUAAUAAUGAUAUCUUCUUUCUAUGAAAAGGAAAUAUUCCUGCGAUGGAGCAGGAAAUGGGUGGAAGGGGGUGGGAGGGAUCGCACUCCCCCCUUCCUUUUUUAAAUUCCUCGUUUGCUUUUUUCCACAGGCAUCGCAUUGGGCUCUCUAGUUACGAAGGAAAAUGAGCAUGAUAGAUCAGACCCCAUGGAUGACGAGGGUAGUGACGAAUUUUGCGGUGGCGGGGAGAGGACAGCUGGACAUAUUGUAUUCUUGAUUUCCUCCACAUCACCCACAUGCGGGCUGGGAGGGGCCUACUUGCGAUGGGGACCGUCCGGGCUUUCUCUCAUCAUCUGUCACGAUGAGGGCGUACAUAAGGGGCAAGGGAUUCGGUUUGGGGGGAGGGGGGUGGGGGAAGGGGCGGAGCAUUGAAUCUUUUUGUUUUGCACGAGCGAGAAACACAUUAGGGACAACGAUAUACCCAGUAGAUGCAAACCCAAAACAAAAAAAGAGUUUGUACAUGG